CAUCAGCAACAGCAGCAAUAUGCGUUACAGCAACAAUCAAACGAGCCGCCAUGGGCUAAUAUUGNGCAGCAACAACAACAACAACAACAGCAGCAGCAGCAGCAUCGCCACAAUCAACAGCGUUCGCCACAUCACGCCACUCCCACUCAACAGCUGCAACAACAACACCACCAGCCAUCACACUCACCCCAACGUGGACGCUUGCAAUCACCACAACCACAGCAAUCGCCAUUGCAGCACCAACAACAACAACAACAAUUGCAACAACAGCAUCAGCAACAGCAGCAAUAUGCGUUACAGCAACAAUCAAACGAGCCGCCAUGGGCUAAUAUUGGAUUUGCCGGUGUCAGCAUGCAGCAGCAACCUCAGCCGCAGCAACAACAACCCGCGGCACAACAACAACAACAACAGCAGGGCACUGUGGGAGGCACACCUGGUGGCGAGCUCAAAGACAAGUUCUACAUUGUUGAUGCUCCCGAUUUCCUUGGGCUUCCCUUGAAUGUGGGCUCCAACGGCAGUGCAGCAGGAGCCUCAACACCAAACUCACUUUCUCAGCAGCAGCAGCAGCAGCAGCAACAACAACAACAACAGCAGCAGCAGUCCCCAGGGGGUGCGAGCAGUGGUGUCACCAACAAACAGCAGGAACCAGCGAUAGGCGGAGAACUAAUUAGUUUUCAGAAUAUUUGGCCAACGCCUGGUUCGACUACGUCGCAAAUGAUGUUCGGAAGCAGUACGCAACAGCAACAGCAGCAACAACAACAACAACAACAGCAGCAGCAACAACAACAGCAAGCCCAAAACAGCGCACAAAGUGGACAAGCUGGCGCCAUUAGUGCUGCAAGUGUUGGCUCCACCGAUCCACAUAACUACAAUAAUAUUGGCAGCAUACUCACGAAUCUCAUUGAUACCAAUCCAACUUCAAUGGAGUACAACUUUGAUUUAAUGCAGCCGGGCGCUGCACAAAUGGGCGUUUCACAAUCGCAACCACAACAACAUCAGCAAAGCCCACUUUCAGCCCAUCAGCAGCAGCAACAGCAGCAACAACAACAGCAACAGCCACAACAACCACAACAUCCGCACUCCGCUCAUCAACAGCACCAUUCGCACCCACAUCAGCAUCAGCAACACCAUAGCGCAGCAGCUGCAGCGGCCGCAGGCAAUUAUGGGGCAGCUAGCUUAAUGCGCCACACUAGCAUAUAUGGGUCUCCAAGUGGCGCUUCUCUAUAUGACACUAGCGCUGCCGCUGCUGUGGCUGCGCAUCAUCACCAUCACCUGCCUUCUCAUCACCCGAGUCUAGUGGAGUUGUCAGAGCAACAACAAAAGAAUAGUUUUCAACCAUAUCACCCACAUGCAUCUUCCCAUUCGCUAAGUGGACACCAUCCACUUGCGCCGACUGCACAUCAUCCGCUUGCACCGCAUUUGUUGCCGCCGCCGCCGCCGCAUGCGAGCAUAUACGAUCGCGGCGUUAGUGGUGGUGGGUAUCCUACGAUGCUGAUGGGCAGUGGUCCCGGUAGCGGUGGCGGUGGGGAAGAACAAAAAACUGUAUUACCGCCAAUCAGUGAUUACAUGCAUCACAUACAACAACAACAACAUUUGCAGUCACAACACCCACAACAACCGGAUCUGGUUUACUAUCCAGUGAAAAAUGAAUGACAUCUAAAGUAGGGCGUAGCGAUGAGUGUGGGAAUAAUUGGAGGUGAGCAACAACAGAACUGCAACACAAACAGCAGUGGCAUAAGUUCUUACGCUGUGUCGAAACGGCACCACCCAUACCAACAACUGCCACCGCCAUCGUUCAGACAUUAUCACAAUAAUAAAGGCGGGGAGGUGCACUUACAUGCACAACAACUGCAGCAUCAUCACUUUCAGCAUCAUCAACAACCGUCGACAUCAUCACACGCUUGGUGGCAUGCAGUAACCGCGCUUGGCGCAACUCCACCCGCAAUAACACCACUAGCUGCAAUAACAGCCAAAGUUGCUGCGGGCGCUGGAGGAGGUGAACUAGGUGAAGUAGGUACAGCGUUAGAAGAAGUUAAUCGAGCGCCAGCUUCAUUUGCAUCAACCGCAACUAAGGGAGGCGGACAUUUCUUCUAAGCGUAAGUUAGGAGUUGCAAAAAGCAACAGAUGUUAUUACAUAUAAGAAGAAAAAAUAAAAAUAAAACAUAGAUAUAUAUAAACAUAACCUUAUAAAUAUAAUAGUAGCUAGGAUUAUACAGCCUGCAUAUAAGACGCGCAAAGAAAGCGGUAGCGAGUUUUAAAAUUAGCAUAUUUUGCAAAAUGUGUUUUCUCUUUGGAAAGCAUAUACUUUUUUUUCGUUUAAAAACUAGGUUACGAAUAGGUUUGUAAAUAAUUGACGAUAAAUAAUUUUUUCCCCUAACACAUAUUAGUUCGAAAUCAGGUCUUCGAACUUAAACGCCUUUAAGGACCAGCAUCGUACAUGCGAACACAUAAAGAAGGAAUGAGAAACGCAAGCAUACACAUACAUACAUAUAUUAAAAUGCGUAUUGCAUAAGUUAUGCAAAAAAAUACAUACAUAUAUCACAAAUUAUAGCUUAUAAAAAUCGUGUAAAUAUCAAAGAAAAAUUUAAAGAUAUAUAAAUAGGCUUUAACUACACAUUAUUACAAACAUAUAAGUACAUCCAUACAUUUUUAAAAAGCUCGAGAGCGCUUGAUCCUCAACCGAUGAGUUAUAUCAUACAUCUGAUCAGCUGCAAAACAGGACCAUUGUACAGUAAGCAGGCAAAUUAAUAUGAUGGCAUUUUAAAGUUUGCCAUUGAAUGAAUCUUAUCAAGGAAAUUUACAUAUGUAUGUAUGUACAUAUGUAUAUAGUAUUUGAAGUACAUAGAAUGAAAAAACAUACACAAAUAUGUAUGUAAGUACACAAGCUUUGAAAAAGUGUGCAAGUUCGUUUGAUUGAAGAUUAAGUGAAAACUAAAUUUGUGUAUGCACAA